AUGGCAUCGAGGCGGUCGAGGUCCCCGUCGACCCCUUCAGAGGGUGAGAUCAUCGAAUCAGGUUCAGAAACGAAGGCAACUACGUCGCAGACUUCUCUUAAUGACAUAAACGUUGACCGUAACCCCAGAAACGAAGCACGCUCUCCGAAAUCCCCUGGUUCCGUGGGCAGAUCCAGUCGCCGCGAUAGAUCGAGAUCGCGUUCGCCGUACCGCGCCUCAAGGGGCGAAAAGCGUAGACGGGAUGAUCAUGAUUACGAGAGAGGCAGUCGACGAGCGCUGAAUCCGAGACAUGAUGAUAGGUACUAUAGCAGGAACGAGUCGCGCCGACAACGCCAACCGUACUAUGAUCAUGACCGAAGUGAGACCUACAACAGAUAUCGACUUUCGUACAAUGACGACUAUGAUAGACGUGCUGAAAAGCGCCCUCGGACUCGGAGUCGGUCUCCGUAUCGUGAAUCGCGCAAGCAAAAGCGAUAUUCGGAUGAGGAAGCGAAGGACGAAAGGCCCUCUGCUGGAUCAGCAGGCGGCCGGUUACGGCAUGAGGGAAGAAGGUUGUCUACAGAACAGUCAGUGAGCGAACGGAGAAAUCCCUCUGUUGACGCUCAAAAGUCGAGACAAGAAACUGAAUUUCGAGGAACCCAGAUGCAGCAGGCUUUCGCUACUGAAUCGAGUGUCUCAAAUGACCCUGCGCCGCGCAGUGAUGUUACUACCGAAGACGAGGUACCAUCUGAGCCCGUUGACGAGGCUGCCCUAAUUGAACGGCGACGCAAACGUCGUGAAGCUAUCAAAGCUAAGUACCGUGGCCAGGCAACGCCUCUUCUUGUCCAAGCGCUUCAAAUUGGGACUGAGACAGGGUCUACUGCAUCCAAUGCCUCCGAAAGCGCAUCCAAAGCGGAUUCUUCAGCCCGCCAAGGUUCGCCUGCAAAUACUCCGGAUGAAACAUCUGCUGCUCAAUCUCCUACAGAUCUCCAUGUUUCUCGAGAUGAGGAUCUUGCCAACACUGAUUUGCAAAAUAGAAGUGGAAUAGAAAAAGAAGAAGCUUCUGCGGCUGAUUAUGACCCGACAGCGGAUAUGAGGCAGGAAAAGAUGAGACAUGAUAAACGCCAGUUCAACGAGGAUAUGUCCGCCAGUGCGUACGAUGAAACCAAGGUAACGAAGCAAGAAGUCCUUGUUCCGGAACCGACAGCGGAGCAGCCGAAUCAUAUGAAGGCGAAGGAUCCGUUCGAUAUGUUUGCUGAGGAUGACGAUAUGUUUGCGGAGGAGCCACCUACUACAAUGACACAGAACGAGCAAUCGCAGGUUCCCAUUUUACCAAGCGUAGCUCAACCUCAAGAACUUGACAUGAGCAUGAUGGACAACUGGGACGACCCUGAAGGCUACUAUAAUGUUAUGCUGGGUGAGUUGAUCAACGGGCGAUACCAUGUCCAACAGAAUUUGGGCAAGGGGAUGUUUUCUUCAGUCGUUCGGGCCAUGGAUUCAAAGACUGGAAAGCUAGUUGCGGUGAAGAUCAUUCGUAAUAAUGAUACUAUGCGCAAGGCAGGCUUCAAAGAGAUUGAAAUCUUGCAGCAGCUCCGGGCUGCUGAUCCGGAGGAUAGGAAGCACAUUAUCAAGUUUGAACGGCAAUUUGAACACAAAGCUCACCUCUGUAUGGUGUUUGAGAACCUCAGCAUGAAUCUUCGGGAAGUCUUGAAAAAGUUUGGCCGAGAUGUGGGUAUCAAUUUGCGGGCCAUCCGAGCCUACGCCCAGCAAAUGUUUCUCGGGCUAAGCCUUCUUCGAAAAUGCAAUAUCCUUCACGCGGAUCUGAAGCCAGAUAACCUCCUCGUGAAUGAAAACCGAAAUCUCCUCAAACUGUGUGACCUUGGUUCUGCUUCUCCGGUCACUGAAAAUGAGAUCACUCCUUACCUUGUCAGUCGCUUCUACCGUGCUCCUGAGAUUAUUCUUGGAAUUCCUUACGACUAUGCGAUAGAUGUCUGGUCGAUUGGGUGUACGCUCUUUGAGCUGUACUCAGGAAAAAUCCUCUUUACAGGUCGCACGAAUAACCAGAUGCUACGCUCCAUGAUGGAGUGCCGUGGCAAAUUCCCGCCAAAGUUCUUGCGUCGCGGGUCACUUACCCACUUGCAUUUUGAUGACCUUCUUAAUUUUCACAGCCUUGAGGAAGAUAAGAUUACUGGACGGAUGGUGACAAAGAUCUUAGAUUUCAAGAAGCCUACCCGUGAUCUGAAAUCACGGCUGAUGGGCAAGGGGGCGAGACUCAGCGAUGCAGAAACGAAGGAGAUCAACUUGUUUAUCGAUCUGCUGGAUCGCUGCUUGAGCCUGAAUCCUGAGAAGAGAUGCACGCCCUCGGAAGCCUUGAGACACCCUUUCAUUGCGAGAACUAAGACAUGA